GAACGGCCUUCCUACUAUUAUUACAUUUGUUGCACCGACUACUGACUUCUUCGACCUCCUCGACCACGACAGCCUACAAAAUACAAACGCACGGGACGAACUGUGGUGCUAGUCCGUAAUCGUAAAAUGCUUUUACCUGCUCUCUGCUUGACAUCAGGAAUGUUAAAUAAGAACAAUUAAAAGCUUUUGUGAUCUUGACGAAAGUUAGUGAAGAUUUUUAUUGUUAGCACUCUUGGUACCUAUUAGUUCGGAAUUCCCGGUUUACCUACUGUAGUGUGAGUGAGGAUUUGUUGUUGUUUAUAUCAUAAUUAUUAUUACUACUGUCACCGGUUGCCUUGGAAAUACGUAUAACCAAACAAAUGUCAUGGCUGAAACUUCAAUGGAAGAGGAAAAACAGACAUCAACACAUUAUCGAAGAAACAAUAGUCGGAAAUACCUUAGAAAAUGAUAUUCUAGGGGUAGUGGAGGUGCAAGGGCACCUAGUACCUUGUAGCAUAUGUGGCCGUACUUUUCUGCCCGAACCCUUGAAGAAGCAUGAGCGAAUAUGCGAGAGGAACGCUACGCGCAAAAGAAAGAUCUUUAAUUCCCAGAAGCAGCGUGUCGAAGGCACCGAACUCGCUGUCUUUCAUCAGAAGUCCUAUCUGAAGAAGACAAGUGGUAGCAGUGGCUCCGAACAACUGGACGUCAAACAACCACCGCCGCAAAGGAAGUCCAAGUGGAAGGAGAAGCACUUGGAACUCGUCAAGAUUAUACGAGAGGCCAGAGGUGCUGCCGUUCCUUCCACCGAAAUGUCGGGCGACAAACGCACUACGACCUCCACGACUACCAAUAGUUCGAAUGAAAAAUGUCCAACCUGUGACAGAGCUUUUGGACCGAAGGCCUACGAUAGGCACGUCGAGUGGUGUAGAGAGCAUAAGUCGCGUAUCCAGAAGUCUCCUGCCAAUGUCCUUGUCGCAAAAGAAAGACUUGAAGCCCGAACAAAAUAUCGAGUACCACCUUUGAACAAAUCCAAAAGGCAAACGAUCAAGGAAAAAUAUGCGAGCAAAAAAGAUUCGCCACACCAAUCAAAUUUGAAAAGUGCCAGUUCAAACAACUUUGAAACCAGCCCGAGGACGAAGAGCAAGGACGAAAGGCAAAAUGAACUGAAUCGAAAGGCCACAGCGGGCAGACACUUAACACGUGGCGACUCAAUCAGGGAUAAUAAACCAGUACCACAGAAGAAGGAGCCCAGAAAAGGUUCCGUUGAGGACCUUAUUAAGAGUUCUAAACCGAAACCAUCGACGAUGCGGGGAAGCGGGAAAGUUGAUAGCAUCUCGGUGAACAGUGGCGUGCUUGGAAUGUCAGUAACACAAAUAACGGCAGACGAGGAAGUCGUAAAAUCACCAGGUCGUUUAACCACGUGGGUGGAGGAGCAACGGAAACGACAUCCAAUUGAAAAGUCACCCCAUUGUGAUCUGAAGAUGAAAUUACACGAAUCCGAAAUGUCCUUGCAUGGAUUAUCAGCAUCAACAUCAAAUAGGCUUCCAGUUCCAAUGUCUCUUUCAAACGUUUGCUUUUCGUCAGUGGAGGAAUUGAAUUCACCGAGUCCUUUGAGCAUUUCCUACACCGCUAGAGAUGACAGUUUAGGGCGCCACAGGAGUCAAGAAACCGCCAUUGGACGCUCACCUAAAUUUAAAGUGUUUGGCGGUAGCAAAUACGUCGAACGAGUCAUUUCUGAAAAGAAUUUGCGUAGUAAAGACCGCGAUUAUAAAAAUGAAGAUAAAUUAAAAAUAGAUGUGGACAACGACAGAUUUUAUAUAAAUACGUUCCGUAACAACGAUUCUUCUUGUGCUUCCGGAAGAAGCGGUGCACAACCCGUCAAGACAUUAGUCGAUAUUGGAAUUAUUGACACCAAAAAUGAUCACAAUAAAGGAUCACUUCUUACAAACGCUGACGUUGUCGAAACAGGAUCAGUCAACAGUAAGCAAAGUGGCGAUUUGUCGGCUCGUAGUGAUUACUCCGGGAAAAAACAAAUCAAAACUUUGAAAACUUUCAAAAGUCGAAAUACGACGAACGCCAAAUUCACGAAACAUGAUAACAUUUACGCAAAUCUUCCAAAGUCCAUAGUUGAGGAGAUAACCAAAGAAAAUGAUAAUCAAAUAUCAGCUAGUUAUGACGAAAAUUGUAAUCGUAAUUUAAAGUCUAAAAUUAAAAAGAAGAUUCCUUGCGAUAACCUGGACAUUAAAGAGACUUCUGCAGAAGAAAACAAAACGUUACAGAUAGAGUACGAGUCAACUAAUAAAACAGAUUUGAUCAAAAUCAAGUUAAGAGAAGUUAAUAGUGAGGAUAGUAUUGUUGAUAUUAAGACAUCUUCAAGAGUCAGCAGUCCAAUCGUUACGAAGACGUCCGGAAACCUUAAUUGCGUCAGUGAAGACUUCGAUAGUUUAGAAAACAUCAAUUCCGAUAUCGGUUUUCACAAUUAUACUUACGAAGGUGACUCGUAUCCCACAAGUCCAAAGUUCGAAAACUCGUUUAAAUACACAAGCUUGAAGUCAUCUGACGAGAUACUGGCCUUUUCAAAAAAUUUAGUCGAAUUGGUCGAGAACAGUUGCAAUCAACUACCGAUACCAUCUAGUGAAAGUAGUCAGUUAUUGACGGAUUCUACAGAUACGAUUAUAUCACAGGAUACUUGUGAAAACAAUUUAGUGACACGAAAUAUUACGUCUAUUGAUAAAGUUGAAAUAAAAGAUUCAUUUAAUAAAUUCGACUCUAAGGAUUUACUAAAAUCUGAAUCAAAGGAAUCGUUUCAAAACAAGAAAAUUUAUACAGAGAGAAAGAAAGAUGACCAUGUGUUAUAUCAACUGCAAAUGGAUAGAGAUACGAAUGACGCUUCUGAAACGGUUUUGGGAAAACGCAAAGAUAAUACUAACAGUGACAUCUGCCAGCCAUCGGAAUAUUUGUGGAAACAAUCUAAUAACCUAUUAAAACAACCCAGGUCGUUUCAAGGAAAGGAGGAAGAAUUUUUCUGUAAUGACGAUGACGCUUCUCGUCGAGACGACGUAUCAGCAAUGAUCUGCCAUUUCCGGAAACGAAUUUUUGGUUCGAAAACCAGACACAACGAACCUCGCUGCUUCGAGCAUCGUAUGAUUCGAGGUGAUGUUUCAAAAACAUUCACAAAAAACAAAAACUUGAAACAUCUAAGAGAACGUUUAAAAAAGAACAGUAUAGAUUUAAGGAGAAAUGUCCAAUCGCAAGAAGAUAUUUUUAAUUACCAACAUAGGCCUUCUCAAAGUUUUAUGCACGGUUUAUGUUCUGGUGUUCAAAUGAUAGAAAAAGAAGAUUUCUCAUCUAGUAUUAACACAACUUCCGAAAAAGAAAUAAAAACUAUCGAUUAUGAAAUUUGCAAUUCGUCGUCGCAUACAAUCAGUAGAAUGGAAAGACAUGAAAGUUCAAAAGCGUACGUUCCUUCUGACUAUCACUUUUCCACGAAUAAAACUAUUAGUGAAAACCCGGUUUCCACAUCACCCGACGGGUGGAUUCUAUAUAUUGAAAAUAGAAAUUCAAAAAAUACGACAGAGCAGUUUGCGAUCUCCAGCGGGGAUUCCAUUUGCAAUUCUUCCAAUAAAACUACCAAAAAUGGAGAUUACACAAGUGUAGAUUCCAGAGAAUGUCUCAAUUUCGACUCAUCAGAUCCAUCAAUUUUUGAUACGAAGGAAUCUGCUCAUAAAGCUUACAAUUACGAUUCAGGUUUUGGUUCCGUUGAUGAACAGUCGAAAAAAACAACAGAAACGAGUAUCCUAAAGAAUUAUACAAAAUUACAAUCUGUGAAUGUAUUACGUUGUGGCAAACCGGAUGUAAGUCAGCAAUACCACUGCUUAAUUUCGGAUGGAGCUCAUUCGAAAAGUGAUCCAGAAUGUUCUCAACAAACGCCAUUGACGGAGAAAAACUCUGAUCCUUCAGCAAGUGUGAAGCUUGAUGACCAUAUUCAAGAGAGCGAUAGCAACAGUCGAAAGAUUCUCAAACCUAAACACAAACGUAAACUUGAAAGUAACGAUUCCUCAGCUUCAAUUGAAACCCAAGCAUCUUACAAUUCAAAAGAAACUUUUAACUUGAAAUCGGUUACAUUAGAGAAAUGGCAAUCUAGCGGGUCCAGAAAUGUACCACAAAAAAGAGAUGAAACUCCAACAGCAACAGAAUCAAAAACAGUUAACCUAAACAAAAAAGAAGCAGGUCUUGUAAUGGGGACAAUCCAAAAAUCUUAUGAACAGACACCUAACCAAAAUCAAAACAGUAUUGAAUAUUCAAGUAUUGAACAAAUAUCAUCAUGUACAGUGGAAAAUACACACUCUCAACUACUUCCAUCUAAUAUUGUUAAUGAAAUUAUAAAUGUUGCCACUGGUGCAGAUUUAAAUAAAAAAAAUAAAAUUAUAAAAACCGAAGGCAAUUUUUCGUUCAAAACGACUAAUGAUAUUACCGAAGAAAUUAUAGAAAUGUUUGCAAUUUCUGAUUCUAAUGUCAGCGAGAUGCCUAAAGAAUGUUCCAGAGAAGAUCCAAACAAGGAUUUAUUGGGACUUGUUGAUAAGAAGCCCACUCAAGAUGAAUGUAAAGAUGCGGGCAGCACUUUAAAUAUGAUAAAUAAUUCGAUGUCGGUGUCAAAAUUUACACAAAAUACGUUAGAACUUGCUCAACACAGAAUCGAUUUAGUAACCACAAAUAACCCUGAGCAGAAUGACCAAACAGUAGAUCUCUGCACUACUACUUUUGCAGCUAUAGGCGCCAUCAGUGCAGACAGGGUGUUGGAUAAAAACAUCCAAAAAGCUCCUAAAUCAAUCCAAGAGAAAUCUUCUAAAACAUCCAAAAUACCCGUAUUAGAAAAGUCAACUUUCUCCCGAAAAAUUAAGAAGAAAAAUGGACAACUUGAGAAAUAUUUUAAAGGCGAAGGUCAUAGAAGCAUUCACAAUUGCGGGGAGUCCUUUCUUCGUGCAUUAUCGGAGUCGUCCCUGUGCGAACAUCGGCCCCUAACACUAAUUAGAUCUUCCUCUGAAUCGUCCAUACAAGCAAUUGUGGGCAGUGAACUCAUUAAUUUAAUUAACCGAAAGAAAGAAUUUCAAACAAGUCGUAACUUAAAAAUCUUCGUGGUAGAAAAUAAAUCGCAACUAGUCGAAGAAAUAGACAUACCACAACAAACAAUUAUAUACCAGGAAAGAAGAUAUGAGACUGCCAAAUCGACAGAAGAAAGCGAUACUAAUAAUAUCAUGCACAAGAAAGAUCUAAACGUAUUGAAAUCGGAGAUUAAUCAGAAAAACGAUAUUAGGCAAUCCAAUUCUACGUAUACAAACGAAAUUGUUAAUUGUAGCCCCCAAGUGUCAUUGGAAUGCUUAAAGUUUGCUCCAGCACAUGCUACUGACAAUGCCGACCAUUUUAAGAAAUCCAGCUCAAAGAUAAGACAAUCGAAACGUAUCAAUUCUGCAGCUAAGCGACAGACUUCGUCAGUUCAGGAAGCGUCUCCACUGAAUGCGUUUUUACAAUCGCUCAGUAGUUCAAAUUUAGAAAAAACCUCACCAACACCGUCGAAACUUUGUUCCAAUCAAGAAUGUAAGAUUUCAGAGUCAGGGGGUUCCAUAAUGACGUUAAGCAAUGCCAGCAGUUGGAAUACGGUAAAAUCAACCGUUUUUAAAAAGGAGGUUGAACAAGAGUCAGACGAUUUAAUAAUUGGAGACGGGAAUAAAGAUAAUGGUAAUACAGUAAAAGUUUUCAAAGAGGCAGAAACGGGUUUCGACGAUUUGGAAAGUUUAGAUGGCGAUAGCAGUAGCGUUUGGGUGAACGCUUUAAGUUCAGCCAGGCUAAAGGAAUCAGUACGAAAAUGUUGCAGUGACGUAUGCGUUUUAAAAACAUUUAAUUUGUAUGCGAACAAGGGAUUGGAGGGAUUAAGUAGGGCAAUUUCUCCAAGGAAAACUGUAGAAGACAGAACUGAAGACGAAGUUGAAUUCCCCGUCACUACAGUCACGUCUGAUAGUACUUCGGUUGACGAAAUGUGUUCCUUGACGCAUUCGCAAAUUAUCCGCAUAGCUGCUGACGAUUUUUUGGCUUCUUGCGUGCCAAAGCAAAAAGUAUCUCCGGCUUCCAGUCAGGAGGUAAUACCAAAGAAGAGACAAAAGAUGAGUUUCAAGAAGGGAAUCACGAGCAUGGCCAAGAAGAUUGUGAGAUGCUUUUGCAAAAACGAUAAAGGUAAAAGAAGCAAAAUGGGAAAGGGUAUGUCACAAUGUAGUGUGAGGAGUAAAAAGAGAAGGAAGAAAAAGAAAACAAAAUCGAUUAUUACAAUUGCAAAUUUAGCAAACGACAGAACAAAAAGAGGUGAUUCUUCAGAACUCGGAUUGUAUGUACCUGAAAAAUAUACUGAUUUUCAAGUUCCAAUCCAAAUUAAUACAAAAUUUUCAAAUUACCAGACUGCAGGAUGGCAAGCUGGUGAUAAAAAAUUAACAAACGCACUCGAAGAUGGUUCCAAUAAAGUUAAUGAAACAUGUCUUCUGUGUUUUUUUAACGUAACUGGUGGUAAUCUUUGCAAACACGAUGAGAUAAUCGUAUCAUCGCCGAAACGCUUGAACGAAACCAACACCAAAAUGGAGUCAUCUCUGAUAACUAACACUGGCGAUAGUCCUAAAGAUGAUUUCUAUUUGCCUAUCAUAAAUGUUAAAGCUGCCAGAAAAUCUGCCGCGAAACCGAAAGAAACGACCCCUGUUUCCUUGCCACCGAUUGAUUCUAAAAACCAGGAUUACCAAAGUUCUAAUAAAAGCAGCAAGGAAAAAGCGCGAUGUGAUAACAGGUCCCUAUCCUUGUUAGAACCAGCUAUCAAAUCAAGGCCACAGAAACCCAAAGAACUAAUCCACUGCAAACAAGACAGGAGAAGUCCAGAUCGGAAAAGUCCUGGACAUCAACAAAUUGCUAGUAAGGAGAUAAAACGUCAUGAACAGGAGUCUAUUAAAGUCAGCACCUUCAAAGCAACGGCAGAUGAUCUUUUCGCAGUUGAUGACGAGCUGUAUGAAGAAUACAAAAAAUACGAGGAAAUGUACUUAAAAGAGAAACAGCAGAAGAUGCAACAAACCAGUGACGUUAGCGACGACCUGUACAGUCCCGGAAAAGACGAUAUUCAACUUUCCCAAAAGAAUAGUGGCGACUCUGCGUACAGCAGUCUUAACAGAAAGCCAUCUAAAAUUCGUGCUCGUUCAACAAAAUUAACACCAUUGGAUUGCCAAAAAAUGAACACAGAGAGUACUAGUUCCAGUGGUACAGAUACGUCGUCCACAUCCCCGUCCCAUCCCCAUCCUAUCGGCGUCCAACAUCAACAGCAAAAGGUACCCAAGUUUUGCCACGAAUGUGGUAGCAAGUAUCCCAUCGAUUCUGCCAAAUUUUGUGUCGACUGUGGUGUAAAAAGGCUUCUAUUGUGAUGUAGUACAUGAACUUUUUUGUUGCAACUGAAUUUGGCAGACAAGAGCGUUCGAUUUAUUGAUAAAACGAAAUUGAGGAAUUUAGAUGGGACGACCUGUUUAUUGCGCGUAUGUUGUGAAAAGAGAAACCAAAACGAACUUUUAUCUAAUAAAAAUUAAAAUAAAAUGAAAUGGGAGCAUCGAAGAAUUAAAAGUUAUAAGGAAUAAAGUACCGAAAUUUACAGACGUU